CUCUUUCCACCGCCCCCGGACUCGCAGCUUCCUCCGCGGCUUCCCGGUGCCAACCACCCCCCAAAAGUUGUGAUGCUUUUCUUCACCCAGUGCUUUGGGGCUGUGUUAGAUCUCAUCCACCUCCGGUUCCAGCACUACAAGGCUAAACGGGUUUUCUCCGCUGCUGGGCAACUUGUCUGCGUUGUGAACCCCACGCACAACCUAAAGUAUGUGUCCAACCGACGAGCCAUCGCUCAGAGCACGCCCGAGCAAGCCAACUUCCAUCCUCAUCACCUCACCCACCAUCACCGCCACCACUGCCACCACCACCACCUGCGCCACCACGCCCACCCCCACCACCACCACCAGGAGGUAGGCCUGCACAAUGCCCAGGUGACACCUUGCAUGUGCCCCUUGUUCUCCUGCCAGUGGGAAGGCCACCUGGAGGUGGUGGUGCCCCACCUGAGGCAGACCCACAGGGUUGACAUCCUACAGGGAGCAGAGAUUGUCUUCCUGGCCACAGACAUGCACCUGCCAGCUCCGGCUGACUGGAUCAUCAUGCAUUCCUGCCUUGGCCACCACUUUCUGCUGGUGCUUCGGAAACAGGAGAAGCAUGAAGGGCACCCGCAGUUCUUUGCCACCAUGAUGCUGAUCGGGACCCCCACACAGGCCGACUGCUUCACCUAUCGCCUGGAGCUCAACAGAAACCAUCGGCGGCUCAAGUGGGAAGCCACCCCCCGCUCUGUCUUGGAGUGCGUGGACUCUGUGAUCACUGAUGGGGACUGUCUCGUCCUGAAUACCUCGCUGGCCCAGCUCUUCUCUGAUAAUGGCAGCCUGGCGAUUGGGAUUGCGGUCACUGCAGUCAACGUCCACCACACAGAAAUUGAGAUAUGA